AUGACGGAGCCGACGGUCUGGUUGAAGCCUCCGUUGGACAUGUUCAGGGCCACGCCGCAGUCGUUGACGGAGAGAGACUUAAAGGUUGCGGGUGGUGAACUGCUGGUUGCCAAAGAAGGCGCCAUAGUUACCACCGUUGAAGACGAGAUCGGUCAUGAAGCCACCGGAGCCGUUGUCCAUGAAGAUACCAAGCUGCUUGUUGGCGUCACCACCGCCCCUGACCAUCUCGAAGCGAAUGUUCUGCAAGCUGGAGGCCUGGGCUACCUGCCAAUGGAUACCAGCUCCCUUGCCCCUGUCCAGACCGGUCAGGUCAAUGACAACGUUGCGAAUGCUGCGGAAGAAGUUGUUCUGGUUGGUGUACCAGUUGCUGCCAUCGUUCUCAUAAGGGUCAGAGUCGAUAACGGCAAUGCCUUCGAACGAAGGCGCAGCCUUGAUGACGGGCAUGUUGAGCGCAUCUCCCACGAUCUGGGUGUAGUAGUACUGGAUGAUCGGUUUGGACACGACAUAGGUGCCUGGAGGGAAGUAGACGAGCGCCGGAGUGGUCGUAGAAGAGUCACAUCCCUUUCCACAGCGGCUUCCGGAGGAGAUGGCCGUGUUGAUGGCCGCCGUAUCAUCAGAGGAGCCGUCGCCUGCCCUCGUCAGUUAAAUAUGUUAAAGUCAUAG